CCUAGGGAUGGGCGGAGCCCCGGCCGCUGGUGCUGGUGGCCGCCGCCGCUGCCCGAGUCGGAUCCGGAUCCGCCGCAUCUGGUGCCGCGAGUCGUUGCUUCGCAAGGCGGCGGGAUGCUGGGGAAAGGGGGAGUCGGCGGUGGCGGCGGCACCAAGGCGCCCAAGCCCUCUUUCGUGUCGUACGUGCGCCCUGAGGAAAUUCACACAAAUGAAAAGGAAGUAACAGAGAAAGAGGAAGUCACUCUUCACUUGUUGCCAGGUGAACAGCUGCUUUGUGAGGCCAGCACAGUCCUGAAGUACGUGCAGGAAGAUUGCUGUCAGCGUGGCAUCUAUGGGAGGCUGGUCUGCACUGACUUCAAGAUUGCCUUCUUGGGGGAUGAAGACUCGGCCUUGGAUAAUGGCGGGGAAACUCAGUUUAAGAAUAAGAUCGUAGGAGUGAAUGAUGUUCCCCUCCACUGUGUGGAUCAGAUUUAUGGAGUGUUUGAUGAGAAAAAAAAACCUCUGUUUGGACAACUGAAGAAAUACCCCGAGAAGCUUGUUAUCCACUGCAAAGAUCUGCGGGUGCUCCACUUUUGUCUGAGGUACACAAAGGAAGAGGAAGUCAAAAGGAUUGUCAGUGGCAUCAUCCAUCACACCCAGUCUCCGUUACUGCUGAAAAGACUGUUUCUGUUUUCCUAUGCAGCAGCCGCCGCCACUGUGCGCAGCACAGCUACUGAUCCCAGGAACCAUACUGUAAUGUUUGACACAGCGAAAGACUGGUGCUGGGAGCUGGAGCGGACCAAGGGUAGUGUGAAGUACAAAGCAGUGACUGUGAAUGAAGGCUACAAUAUCUCUGACAGGUUGCCAGCGUGCUUUGUUGUCCCCACUCCCCUUUCCGAAGAGGAUAUGAAGCGUUUUCAGGGCCAUGGCAUACCAAUCUGGUGUUGGUCCUGCCACAAUGGAAGUGCCCUUUUGAAAAUGUCAGCACUGCCUAGAGAGCAGGACGAUGGCGCUUUGCAGGUCCAGAAGAACUUCUUGGACGGAAUUUACUGUAAGACCAUCCACAGGCCACCCUACGAAGUGGCUAAAACUGAAGACUUAUCAAGCAGCUUCCUGACCCUGCAGGAAAUCCAGAGUGCAUACUGUAAAUUUAAGCAGCUGUUUCUGAUAGAUAACAGUACGGAAUUUUGGGACACAGAUAUAAAAUGGUUUUCUCUCUUAGAAAGCAGCAGCUGGCUUGAUAUAAUCAGACGCUGCCUGAAGAAAGCAAUAGAGAUUUCAGGAUGCCUGGAAGCGCAGAACAUGAAUGUCGUCCUCUUGGAAGAGAACGCUUCUGACCUCUGCUGCCUCCUCUCCUCUCUGGUGCAAGUGAUGAUGGACCCCCACUGUCGAACCAGGACUGGGUUCCAGAGCCUCAUCCAAAAGGAGUGGGUCAUGGGUGGCCACUCUUUCUUGGACCGCUGUAACCAUCUCCGCCAGAGCGACAAAGAGGAGGUCCCUGUGUUCCUGCUUUUCUUAGAUUGUGUCUGGCAGCUGGUGCACCAGUACCCUCCAGCAUUUGAGUUCACAGAGACUUACCUGACUGUUUUGUCAGAUAGUCUGUUUAUACCUAUUUUUAGCACCUUCUUCUUCAAUUCGCCUCAUCAAAAAGAUGCUAACACGGGUAGAGAAAGCCUGCACACAGAGCCUUUGACUCUGCUUACCGUGUGGGAUUGGUCAGUACAGUUUGAACCCAAAGCACAGACAUUGCUCAGAAACCCUCUUUAUGUGGAAAAGCCAAAACUGGACAAAGGCCAGCGGAAAGGAUCUCGUUUCAAACAUCAGCGACAACUUUCUUUGCCACUUACCCAGUCUAAGUCAUCUCCCAAGAGAGGAUUUUUCAGGGAAGAAACAGAUCAUUUAAUCAAAAACCUUCUAGGCAAGAGAAUUAGUAAACUUAUUAACUCUUCGGACGAGCUGCAGGACAACUCUCGAGAGUUCUAUGACAACUGGCACAGUAAGCCCACAGACUAUCACGGCUUGUUGCUGCCUCACAUUGAGGGGCCGGAAAUCAAGGUGUGGGCCCAGCGCUACUUACGUUGGAUUCCAGAAGCCCAAAUCCUGGGUGGUGGCAGAGUAGCCACUAUGAGCAAACUCUUGGAAAUGAUGGAGGAAGUGCAGAGCUUACAGGAGAAAAUUGACGCGAGGCAUCACAGACAGGAGGCUGUCCACGCACAGGCGCCGUGCCUGCUCAGGACCUCUGCUCGCCUGUCCUCCUUGUUCCCUUUCGCGCUGCUCCAGCGACAUUCAGCCAAGCCUGUCUUACCCACCAGUGGGUGGAAAGCUUUGGGAGGCGAAGAUGAUCUGGCCAAACGAGAAGAUGAGUUUGUGGACCUAGGGGACGUGUGACCUGUCUCCUCAGGGACUGUGAAAGAGGCAUGGGACAUGAAAGAGGGUGGGGCAGUCAUUCCCUGGAGUGGAGUCAUGGUGUUAGCGCAGUGCUGUGCAGGAGAAAACAGGCCUACAGGAAGAGAGCCGGUUCUCCUCUUCUUUCACAGUGCUGAAAGACAGUGCGACGAAAGCCGUGCCU